AUGGCGGACGAGAAGAACCAAGGCGUGGACGUCACGCAGGCAGCGACAAACCUCGAGAACUUCCAGCGCGAUCACCAAUGGGACCCCAACCUGACCCAGGAAAAGGCCGACAUGGUCAAUAAGGCGCUCCAGGACGGAGACUCUGAGGAAAUCAUCGCCGCGGAUGCCAUCUUGACAGAGGACUCGCCCUACGAGGAAGUCCGUGCCGCGGUGCGCAAUACGGACGGCGGUGAAGUCGCAAACACGGUUCGAGCAUGGAUUCUGGGCAUGAUCUUUGUGACGAUUGGCAGUGGUCUCAACAUGUUUUUGAGCAUGAGGAGUCCCGCCAUCAACUUCCCAUCCAUCAUUGUCCAAUUGCUAGUCUACCCAAUCGGCUGUCUAUGGGCCAAAGUCGUGCCAAUGAAGGUCUUCAACACCUUUGGACUCCAAUGGACCUUCAACACCGGCCCCUUCACCAUCAAAGAGCACGUCGUCAUCACCCUCAUGUCCAACGUCUCCAUCGGCUACGCCUACAGCACCGACGCCCUCCUCGCGCUGCAGGGCAAGCCCUUUUACGACAUCAACCUGGGCUGGGGCUUUCAGCUGCUCUUCACACUGAGCUCUCAGCUCAUCGGCAUCGGCAUCGCGGGCCUCUGUCGCAGAUUCCUCGUCUGGCCGGCUGCCAUGAUCUGGCCGAGCCAGUUCUCCAACACGUCCUUGUUCUACGCCCUCCACGACAAGAGCAAGAGCGACGGUGCGCACAGCAACGGCUGGGUCAUUAGCCGGUACCGGUACUUCUUCUACGUCCUCGUGGGCAUGUUUGUCUACUACUGGAUCCCCGGUGUUCUCUGGCAAGGCCUGUCGGUGUUUGCCUUUAUCACCUGGAUCAAGCCGAACAACGUCGUCGUCAACCAGCUGUUUGGAGGCUUCACCGGCCUCUCUCUCAUCCCCAUCACCUUUGACUGGACCUACGUAUCCGCGUACCUCGGUGACCCCCUCCUCUCGCCCACGCACACGCACGUCAACGUCUUGAUCGGACUCUUCGCCUUUGUCAUCAUCCCCACGAUUGGAAUUGCCUACUCGGGCGCCCUCUUCUCCGACUACCUCCCCAUCAACACCUCGCAGACCUACGACAAUACCCAGAGCACCUACAAGGUCAGCAAGAUCCUGGGCCCGGGAUACACCUUCUCGGAAGAGAAGUACAAGAAGUACUCCCCGCUCUUCCUGCCGCCGACGUUCGCUCUCAACUACGGCCUCUCCUUCGCCGCCCUCACCGCCGCCAUCGUCCACUGCGGCUUCUUCCACGGCAAGGAGAUUUGGUACCGCCUCAAGGCCGCCCGCAACCAGGAGGCCGACAUCCACCUGAAGCUCGCGAAAAAGUACGUCGACGCGCCCGAGUGGUGGUACGCCGUCCUGCUCGUGCUGGCCCUCGGCCUCGGGCUCGCGACGGCCGAAGGGUUCGAUUCCCAGCUGCCGUGGUGGGCCUUCUUCGUCGCCAACCUGCUGGCCAUUGUCUUUGUGAUCCCGACGUGCACGAUCCUCGCCAUCUCCAACCUCGGGCUCGCGCUCAACGUGCUCUCUCCGUUCCUGGCGGGCUUCAUGAUCCCCGGGAAGCCCAUCGGCGUCAUGAUCUUCAAGGUGUACAGCACGAUUACCUUGGGCCAGGCGCAGACGUACGCUGGCGAUCUCAAGAUGGCUCACUACAUGAAGAUUCCGCCCAGGACUACGUUUUGGUGUCAGGUCGUGGCCACCAUCUGGGCCGUCUUUGUGCAGAUCGCCGUCAUGAACUGGACGCUUGGCAACAUUGAAGACUGCUGUGCGCUCACUCAGCAGGCACACUUCACGUGCCCCAACGGAAGAGCCUUCUUCUCGUCCUCCAUUGUCUGGGGCGUCAUCGGUCCGCGCCGCAUGUUCGGCGCGGGCUCCAUCUACCACAACUUCAACUACUUUUGGCUCGUCGGCGCCUGCCUGCCCAUCGUCUUCUACGUGCUGGCCAAGGUCCUCAAACUAAAGUUCGCAAAGGUCCUCCACGCGCCCGUCAUGCUCGGCGCCAUGGGCUGGCUGCCGCCGGCGACGCCCCUGAGCUUCUCCAGCUGGGCCAUUGUCGGCCUCGUCUUCAACCACGGCGUGCGCAGGCGGUUCCACGGGUGGUGGCAGACGUACAAUUACAUCACAGCCGCCGCGCUGGACGCCGGGCUUAUUAUCAGUACCAUUAUCAUCUUCUUUGCCAUCACGCUGCCCAACGUCACGAUACCGCAGUGGUGGGGGAACGUCGAUGUCUAUAAUACCUUGGACUCCACGUAUGGCGCCAUUUUGAAGACGGUGGGGGAAAAUGAGACGUUUGGUCCGACUAGCUGGUGA